CGCAGCUUGACGGAAGUGCGGGGCGGGUGUUUCCAGUCGAUGCUAAAGCUGGUCUGGCCGAGUCCUCGGGACCGUUUCUGCUGCGGGCUCGUGCGCUUUUCGUCAUCAUGUCCCACUCUGUCGUCACGACCACGACGGUCCCGUCCUCCGGGGACGGGUUCCUGAACGCGGGCUACACCUGGACCAUCCCGGGAAUGCUCAAGCUGGGACAGCUGCUGGCCCUGCUCAUCGCCUUCCUGUGCGUCCACUGCGCCUACGGCUGGCCCAGCUGGUACGCCUUCCAGUUCUUCGAGGUGGUGGCGCUGUGGUUCUUCGUCGCCCUCCUCAUCUUCUUCCUCAUGCACCUGUUCCGGCUGCAGGCCCGCGUCCCGUGCAUCAACUGGCCGUUGACGGAGUUCUUCCAUUACUCUGUGGGCGCCGUGCUCAUCUUCAUCGCCUCCAUCGCGGCGGCGGUGAAGGCCGGAGGAGUCUCCGCCCUCAUCGUGGCGUCGGUGUUUGGCUUCAUCACCACCUUCCUGAUGGCCGUCAACCUGUGGACGUCCUACAGCGUGGCCUGCAGCCCCCAGGUGGAGUAGAGCGAGUCGGCCGCGUCCUGGUCAGUUUUUCUCUCUGCCAACAAGCCGGACGGGCCUGAGAGGACCAUGCUGAAGGUCCUGGAAGCGUCUCAGAGGUGAAAGCUGACGGGACGCUGGCUUCCUCAGUUUGAACACAUUUUUUGGAGGGAUCGGUGCUCUGUGUCCAAAUUCGCCAUCAAACCGCUGAGGUGGAAUCAACCAAUGGCCUGCUGUUUCUUUCUCAAGUUUCUGCCCAGCUCUGUCUGGGUUUGUCCUCCUUUGACCUCCUCGGUGCCAUGAACGAGUCUGAAUGCAGCCUCAGAGAUCCCCUCUGCACUUUACAGCUUCAGUGAAACGACUUUGUACAGCAAACACGGAAGAACCGUUUCUACACAACAUGUAAAACACGCUUUCAGCUUGCUAUGCUAAUGUGUGCUAGCACAUGUGUUGUAUUUGGAUGUAAACCAACAUAAUGAAUGCUACGUUGGAUUAGCUUUACCGUUAGCGCUCUCAUUGCAGAAACACCAACUAAUGUGAAGGAAAACAUGGAAAGUGUUAUAGUUAGCUGUAGCUGCUGCUAGCAUCUGCAUGCUAUAGCUAGCAUCUGUGGGCUAUAGCUAGCAUCUGCACGUAGCUAGCACAGACACCAUAACUGCUUAUCUGACGUUAAUGUGACAAAAAAAAUGUAUUCUAAGUUUCUGUUUUUGGAUAAAGUUUUCUUAAUUCUUAGUGUUUAAAAAUGUUCGUUUUUAGCUGAACGUCUUUCACGUCACUUCAAAUCUGUUGGUUUACAGCCUCACGGUGAAGAACAAAACUCGUACAGAUUCAGUCCGUUAGCAGGAGAAUGUCCAAAAAUUUGCCAAGGGACCUUUCUGCGUUGAAUUGAAACGGUUGUUUGGUGCUUUCACGCUUAAAUUUACCGUGUGUGCAAUUUCAGAAACGCCAAAAACAAACAAAAACAGCGCCGUGAGCGCACAGAUGGGUUUCAUGACUCAGCAGAAAUCGUGUCCUUGUUUACAGUGUCUCUGAAACUAAAACAGCAUUUGGGAUUUUGCUGAUUCCUGGUUUUUAAAACCUUUUUUCUUAAAGGUUUACUUUAUACUGAAUUUACAGUAAAAUAAAUUAUGUCCCAGCCCCCCCCACCACCACCAUUGUUGUUUACAAACAACCCCUUUGUUGUCUGAUGUUUUUAAAAAUAAAACUUUAACUAUAAAAGCACAGACUUAGUGGUGCAAAUACAAUAAAAUCAGAGACACUUGAGCUUUUUAUGCUGAUUUUUUAAUAUAUUUUUUGUCUCUGAAAACCAAGAACUGGACUGAUGUCAUCCAUAGAAAAUGGUUUAUUCCGGCUCAAAGUAAAUGAAGUUAAUCCGGUCGCCAGUUUUUCACCUUACGGAUGCCACCAUGUUGGAUUAGAUGACCUCAGUGAUUGUUACGGGUCGGUCGUAGUCAAUGUUUCUAUGACAACCACUCUGGCCAACCAGGAAUGAGUUUGCUGGAAGGCCACACCCCUAACACUUUGAAAUCAGGAUGCGGGGGCCAGCAGGCUCCACCUACUGUUAUUGAGGCUUCUUCAGUUUAUAACUUGAAGUAAAGAGAAAAUAUAAUUAAAAAGAGGAUUACAAAGAAGAUUUUAGAAAAAGGUAUCUGAUCCAGAACGGUGCUUCUGACCAAUAGAAUGAGUAACAGCUGUUUAUUUCUUUAUUUUCAGUCUGUGGGAUUUUGAGGGCACUUCCUGUUUAGAAGGCCUGGGGGCGGGCUCACUCAGUCCAGUUCUGGGAUACAGUCGAUGGUUAAAGGACAAGAUCGGCUUCAGAGAUGAAUGUCUGUCUUUGGACUGUUCGGUUCGUGAACUCUGGUAUUUCUGGGCUUUCAUUAGUAAAACAUUUGAUUCAUGAUAGUUUACUGAAAUCUGAGGUUCUGGACUGUUAAACAUGAACUGCUGCUUCCAAACCAGGUUUCCCGCCCACAACGGUCAGUCAAGGAAGAACAAUGUGAAACCAUGAAGUGGAGUUUUUAGGACAGGAGAUUUCAGUUUAGGGGAACAGAGGAACCUCCUGAGCUGGUUCCACUUCCCACAUUGAUUCUUUAUUUGUCGUUGUGUCACUGGUACAACACAGUUUUCAAAAGUGCUCUCUGUCCAGUGCAUCAUUCAUGCUCUAAGAACCAGAGAGUAGUAGAAAGUCUAAACGUCUGCCUUAAGCUAAAAAACAAAAAAGUAGUUUAAUUUUGUCCAAAUUGAUUAACAUUUUUUUUUACUCUUGAUGGUUUUUGGCAAAAUGACAAAUUAUUUCAGACAUUUAAGUCAAAUAUAAGUUAACCGUUACUACGAAGGAUCUGGACGACCAAACCGUCACGUGACGGCCAACGUUAGCUCAAGCUUUGAAAGUUUUCUUUCAUCUAACUGAAAGUUUAGUUUCUGAAUGUUAAAAAAUAAAAUGUUUGGAAGUUCAGAUGUAAGAUGUCAUUUUAUCUUAAGUUAGCGUUAUCAUCCCUUUAGCAUUAGCAUCCCUUUAGCGUUAGCAUCCCUUUAGCAUUAGCAUCUCAUUAGCGUUAGCAUCCCUUUAGGGAUAGCAUCUCUUUAGUGUUAGCAUCUCUUUAGCGUUAGCAUCCCUUUAGCGUUAGCAUCUCUUUAGCGUUAGCAUCUCAUUAGCUUUAGCAUCCCUUUAGCGUUAGCAUCCCUUUAGCGUUAGCAUCUGUUUAGCGUUAGCAUCUCAUUAGCUUUAGCAUCCCUUUAGCGUAGCAAUCUCUUUAGCGUUAGCAUCUCAUUAGCGUUAGCAUCCCUUUAGCGUUAGCAUCUCUUUAGCGUUAGGAUCUCAUUAGCUUUAGCAUCCCUUUAGCGUAGCAAUCUCUUUAGCGUUAGCAUCUCAUUAGUGUUAGCAUCUCUUUAGCAUUAGCAUCCCUUUAGCGUUAGCAUCUCUUUAGCGUUAGCAUCUCUUUAGCGUUAGCAUCUCUUUAGCGUUAGCAUCUCAUUAGCUUUAGCAUCCCUUUAGCGUUAGCAUCUCUUUAGUGUUAGCACCCCUAAAAAGCUUCACUGAUCAGCAUCCAGACGUUCCUCAUGUGUUCACAUAUUUUUCUGCUGGGUGUUUUUAGCUUGAAAAGACAUUUAGACGAUAUUUAUGGUACGAAGCUCCGCCUUGGGGGCGGAGUACUGGUUCUGAGUCGGGCUUGGAUUCCACCUUUAGAGGCAUCCUCUUCAUGAUGAAGCCAUUUUCCACCAAAACCUUCCGUAGCUUCAUGGAGAAACGCUUUAAUCAGCGUUUCUGCUGCAGUUUGAAAUCCUGCAAAGGUUGGAAUCUUUUCCGGCUGAGAGGCGGGAACCGGCAUGGAGAGGUUCUCUUUGGAUUUAGAACCCUCUUUAGACUCUGGAGGAGCUUCUGCAUGUUGGGUUUGGUGAUCUGUAGAACCGUAGUCUGUCUGGAUGUUUGAAGUCCACCAUCCUGCUGCCGCCACACCUUCACGCUGCUUUGUGGGUCCACGGCCUCUGAAGGUGGUGGUGGUGGGGGGAUCAUGGUGGUGGGGGGUGCUGCUGGAUCCAGAAGUUUACAUGGAACUGAUCAGGAGCCUCUAAUAAUCCCCCUGUAGCCCCGCCCCCUGCCAUAUCAAUGGACUGACGAAGACCCUCCCAUUUAAAAAGAUGCUCAGACUAGUCUAUUCUUCCCAUAUCCACGCUUUGAGGUCCAGGUCUGAUCCGGUUUGUGUUCAGGACCCGAUGAGGUGACACAAGCGUGGGUUUCUGUGUGAGGUUCUGACUCUUUGUGUUCUCCAAAGUGCCUUAAUGUUCUGUUGAUGUAAGUACUGUUCUGUCACUGAAGUAUUACCCACAGUAUUAUGUCACACUGGUCACAUGACAUGUUUCCUACAUUUUUUAAAGUUCUGAUUUGUUGCAUGUUUUACAAUAAAGACUCGUUGCAUCAUC